AGAAUGUGACUGUGAUACGAUUUCAACAUUUACCGGUACACCUUUCAUGGAAAUGGCAGGCCAAAAAAUAUUUUUAGCCUCCUUUUUAUUCGCGGUCGGCUUCUUGACUCAAACAUUUGCUGUUUCCCCACCUCCACCGGCAUCCAUGAUCAUCUUGGAUGACGUCGUUUGCGAAUUGAAUACCACGGCAUUAUUCGUUUACCCGACAACGAAAAAGAUCCAGGACUACUGCAUGAACCGCACUUUUUCUGUGGUUCUGAGAGGUACUCCAUUUGCACCAGAAGCAAUUGACAGCAUGUACAAACUGAAGGUGAUAGUGGAAGAUUUCACGGUUAAGCCUGCUUUAAGAAGAGCCGUUGUUGAAGCAAAUUCAUUAUCAGGCAACAACAUCGUCAGCAGGAAUGACUCAGGAACCCGCACCUGGAUUUACACAGUCCCCGAGGCCACAUUACCAACAGAGCUCAACUGCACCAUGGCCCUGAUCCACGUGGUGCUCGAGUAUGGGACAACGACAUCUUCUCUGGACUCUUUAACCAGCGAUCAGCUACUUCAUCCACGGUUUGCUGCAGUUGGACAAAGGGAUGUCAUGUCCUUGUCCUUUCCAAUCAGUGGAACCAAUUGUGGCAGGGAAGUUAUGGGUCCACUUGAAAUUUCCGACUUUCCAUCUCCACCAACACCCGGAAGCAAUGACACCUUCAACAGAAACUCAGAACUGGGCGAACUCACGUUCAACCACACUCGCGGAUUCGAAAAUGGAACUUUGCGGCACAGCCGCGAAAAUUUUUCGCAGAAUGACACAAGCAGCAUUCGGAACCUGUUACCUGGGAGCAACAUGAGCAAUAAUGGCACAGGUGGUCAAGGACAUGAGCAAAGACCGCCAGGACGUGGCGAUAAAAGACCUCCACCUGGUUCUGAUAAAGGGCCAAGAACAGCUCAGGCACUGCGUUCUUCCCAGGACAUGCCUCGAACUUCGGGAAAUUCCUCGAGGCCCGAUGACCGAAGAAAUUCCAACGAAACGCGGAAUAAUACUUCCAGCAAUAAUUUCGGAAAUCGCAAUGAAAGUCGUCACUUCAACAGCAGCCGACUCGAAAGACUCGGCAACGAAUCAACAUCCCUCAAUAACGACACUGAACGAAGGAUGAAUCAAUUGCGAUUCGACAAAAAUAACAAUGACACAUUCCUCAACUCCUCUCGAGCAAAUAAGCACUGGAAUGAAACCUGGCUGAAUAACAGCAGCUCAUCACCACAACACCGAUCAUCAGAAAGGAACGAAUCUAGCAUGAUGAUGAUGGGGAAUGGGGGUAAAAAAUCUGGUGGGAACUCAUCGCGAAUGGGCAAUGAAUCGUUUUCGCAGCAGUCAGGAGGCAAUAAAACCGGGAAACCCGAACAACGCAAACCCCAACAGAAGGGAUCACAGAACCCGGUUCAGGCGGGUUCUGGUGCUGGAGGUCGAGGAUCUCAGGCAUUUGCAUCUGGGAAUGCUCGACAACCGCCUCCGCCAGGAGUUUUCCCCUGCAAUGAAACAAACCGGAAUCAUUCGCACAAUCAUACUCGUGAGGGACUCGGCUAUUUUUGCAAUUCGACCGUCGAGAAUUGCACUUUGCGACACCAUCAGUGGUGCAACGAAACAUCUGGCAACUGCACUUUCAAACCACAUCACAAUGAAACCCGUGGCUGCGAUUCAUCCACCAAUGGCAACUGCACCAAGGGUCAGGGUGGACCAUCGGGUAAACCCGGUGGUGGCGGUGGUGGUGGAAAAGGCGGUGGUGCUGGUGGAAAAGGCGGUGGUGGUGGUGGAGCCCCUCCAGGAGGUAGGGGAGGUGGUGGCAAACGAGGCUAUGAUGAAUUCCGGAGCAAACAUGGUUACCAAUCUGAAAGUCAAUACUCGUCAUCUUCAAUGUUCAAGGAUCAAAGUGGGAAUUUCCAAGGAAACAGUUGGCCUGGUCAGAAUCAAAAAUCAAUGAUGGACGGAAUCAAACAAAUGCUGGUCUCCAAUGGAGUUCGAAUUUACAACUCUGGUGACAAGAGCAUGUUCGCGUCAAAUGUUUUCAGUGUGAACAUAACAAAUUUCGGCCCUUCGCCCGUCGACUUGCGGAACCUUCACGCUCCGAAAGUUCGUGUUUUUCUGCGUCGGUUGAUGAACGAAAUGGGGGAUCAAAGUGGGAAUUUCCAAGGAAACAGUUGGCCUGGUCAGAAUCAAAAAUCAAUGAUGGACGGAAUCAAACAAAUGCUGGUCUCCAAUGGAGUUCAAAUUUACAACUCUGGUGACAAGAGCAUGUUCGCGUCGAAUGUUCUCAGUGUGAACAUAACAAAUUUCGGCCCUUCGCCCGUCGACUUGCGGAACCUUCACGCUCCGAAAGUUCGUGUUUUUCUGCGUCGGUUGAUGAACGAAAUGGGCAAUGCAUCAGGUAGCUUGCCUGGCUUGAAUGUCAAGGACGGAGACAUUCUCAUCGACGCCAACACAACAAGGCUGUUGAAUGGCGUAUCAACCAAUCUGCGAGUUAAUGAGUCCAGGAUUCUGAAUCUCACUGGAAUCAUUCUGCCGAAAUUCGCAUGUGGUCCACUGCUAUUAGUAGUGGAAAUCCAACUUUUGGUCGAUGGGGACUUCACUAAUAAUGUCGUCAAAUACCCAUUCUUCGUGGAUUGCUCCACGUUUUCUCCGGGCAACGAAAGUAAUAAUGGCAUGUAUGGCAACGGAAGUAGACAAGGAAUGAUGCAGGAACCGAUGAUGAGGCCAGGAACCCGAUGUUUGCCAAUUCAGGGCGAAAUUGAUCAAAUGACUUCGAAACCUGCUCCACUUUAUGUGAAAUCUGGAGACGGGCCUCGUGGCAAAACAACAGCCAUCAGUUUUGAGCCUGAAAUCGGAUCCACUGGAUUUCGGGUAUUGGAUCCCAAUGACUGGGAAAAUCAAAAGCUCAUUCAACACCACUCAGCUGUUCAAUCGUUUGCGUCUGUGUUGUCCAACGCAGGAAUCAAUUACACAUCUGGGUUUGCCAAAUUCUUCACCCUGUCCCAAGACAGAGUCUGUCCAGGCAGACUCCCAGCCCUGGACACAUUCAUGCGUUCCGUUGUACUGGGAGCAAUCCAGAGCGACGGUAAAGACGAACCCAACCCGACGGGUUCUUCUUCUUCUUCACCGUCCACUAGUCCUGGGUUACGGAACGCCUUGCAAGAUGUCGCUCAAGCGUUCGAACAAAUUGCAUUCGGAGGGUCCAAUNAAACCCCUAUCAGGGUCAAUUGCAGAAGUGAAGGUGGCAGAGCAAAGGCAAUGACGAACGAAGAUUUCGAAGCGCUGGUUUUCCUGAGUUUUGGUAUCGAACUUGGAAUCGGCGGCACCAAUGACACAAACACGGCGAUUCUGUCACGAAUAGCCUCGGACACGAAGGUCAUCACUGCUGCAAAAAACAUCAUGCAUUUGCUCUGGUGGAUGCGACACGACUGGCAAUUCAUAGCCCACGGAGAAAGAGACGGUAACACUACUUCAUCCAGGAUGACGAAAGAUGGUAACAACCCGUACGAGUCAUUCGGGAACGAUACAACACAAAAUGUCACCUCGAAACAAAAUGGAGAACAGCAGUGGGCCAGUGACAGAGCUUCGGAGGUCUGUUACCAAAAGGCUCAGCUGUUGCAUCAGCUGCUCAGGUCCGGAAGGACCCGGAACUUCAGGUCCAAGUUGCAGUGGAAAUCCGGUACGCACACAUUUUCCACGUUGUUUAUUUUCCAAUGA